AUGACACUCAUCGAGAAUCCUCCGAACGAUGCUAUUUAUCUCCCGCAUCAUUGUGUGGUAAAGGAAUCGAGUUUCACCACAAAAUAUCGCGUUGUUUAUGAUGCUGCAGCGAAGACUACCUGUGGCUUGUCCCUUAACGAUAUUCUCAUGGCUGGCCCGGUACUGCAAGAUUCGCUAGUGGACAUUCUUCUUCGCUUUCGUUUUCCGUUGAUUGUUUUCGCCGGUGAUACCAAGCAAAUGUACUGUAUGAUUAAACUGGCCGAUUGCGAUUAUUUGUGCAUUGUUUGGCGGUGGGAUAGUAAUGAACCUGUGCAGGCCUACCGAUUAAACACAGUCACUUAUUGGACGAAGAGCGCAUCGUACUUGGCGACAAAGUGUCUGCAACAAUUAUUGGAAUCGUACAGACAGCAGUAUCCGACAGCGGUUGGGAAUGCAGAAAGAGGCACCUACGUCGACGACGUGUUGUUGGGAGCUGACUCCGAAGAAGAAGCAGUCUUACUACGGCUGCAAGUGACGAAGAUUUUCGCCUCAGGUGGUUUCCACCUGCGGAAGUGGACAUCAAACAGUGCAGCAGUACUCCAGGACAUCCCGGCUGAGGAUAUAGAAAUGCAGCUACCCAUCGAACUCAACGACACUCGCACCAGCAAGGCUCUUGGCAUACACUGGCAGCCGUGCAGCGACGUAUUCCAGUUCUCCAGCUCAACGCACAAGAUCUUUCAGCCCACAAAGCGGACCAUGCUUUCGCAAAUCACCAGCGUUUGCGACCCCCUAGGCUUACUAGCCCCGAUAGUCAUUAAAGCGAAAAUGGUCAUGCACCAACUGUGGGAGCUGAAGGUGGACUGGGACGAAACACCCCCCGGUGAGUUGGUUCAAAAUUGGUUAGUUUCUGUGCAAAGCCUUUCCGAUCUGAAUUUAUUACAGGUACCACGUCGAGUGAUUGGCAUGCGUCAAGCCUCUCGCGUCUAUCUGCACGGCUACAGUGAUGCAUCCGAGCGAGCCAUGGGAGCUUGCCUCUACAUUCGGGUCAUCGGUGAUUGCGGCAAUACAUCGUCGCACUUGCUAUGUGCGAAAUCCAAGACAGCACCGAUUGGGAAUGGACGAACAACAUUACCUCGCUUGGAGUUAUGUGCGGCGGUGACUCUGUCCCGGCUGAUAGCGAUGUGA